GCCGCCGACACCUCUCUGACUGUUAUCUGUGCAGAAGACCAACGUGGAGAGCUAUCCACGCAUGGAGUUGAGCUCGGACUCGGUGGUGGCAACACUGGAGAUGUCGCAGAUCAAAAGCAAAGACGAUGAGCCUUUUGGUGUUGACGGAGACUACGAGAGCUUGCCACCUCAUGUCUCAGUGACGACCCACAUGACAGCAGGAGCCGUGGCUGGCAUACUGGAGCACACCGUGAUGUACCCCGUGGACUCUGUCAAGACAAGGAUGCAGAGCCUGCAGCCAGACCCAAAUGCACAGUACAGGAGUGUGUAUCAGGCUCUGAAAAGGAUCAUCCAGACAGAGGGGAUCUUCAGACCGCUGAGGGGCCUCAACAUCACCAUGAUGGGAGCUGGACCUGCACAUGCGCUCUACUUCGCCUGCUAUGAGCGGGUCAAACGCUCACUGAGUGACGUCAUUCAGAGUGGAGGAAACAGCCAUUUAGCCAAUGGUAUUGCAGGUAGCGUGGCCACUGUUCUCCAUGAUGCAGUCAUGAACCCAGCUGAAGUGAUAAAGCAGAGGAUGCAAAUGUACAACUCGCCGUAUCGAGGACUUUGGGACUGUCUUCAAACAGUAACGCGCACUGAGGGCGUGAGAGCGUUCUACCGCAGCUACAGCACACAGCUGACCAUGAACAUCCCUUUCCAGGCUGUUCACUUCAUCACCUACGAGCUGAUGCAAGAACAGUUGAACCCUCAGAGACAUUACCACCCUGGCACCCACAUAGUGUCAGGAGCAGCAGCAGGCGCCGUUUCCGCAGCAAUAACUACUCCACUUGACGUUUGUAAAACUCUACUCAACACACAAGAGAAUGUAGCGCUUAGCUCGGUGAACAUCAGCGGCCACUUAUCGGGAAUGGCUAACGCCUUCAGGACAGUGUACCGGCUCGGUGGUCUGGCGGCCUUCUUUAAAGGGGCCCAAGCUCGGAUUAUAUACCAGAUGCCCUCCACUGCCAUUGCCUGGUCAGUGUACGAGUUCUUCAAGUACUUCCUGACGAAGCAGCAGCUGAAACAGGAGGCUGGACCUGGACCAAUUUAAUGGAAACGUGUUGGAGCAAACCGCAUCUUGAACUGAUGAAAGACGACUCCAACCUGAGUGCGAGUUGGUUUGCUGUUCGAGGAAUUAACACCGGUUAUUGUCUCACAGGGAAGUCGUCAUGGUGAAGGAGUGCCAGAGAACGGCUCCCCGUGUGGCUCACUUACCGAAAUCUGCGUGUGUUUUUUACUUUAAGAAAAUGUUGCACAACCAGGAUAUGCAACAGAGAUAACUAUUUAUAAAAGGACAGACACAUGAUGACAUCAUCAUCUUCUUCCUCCUCCACUCCGCAACCCUCCAAACACUCUUUUCUACACGUGUAGACCGAAUAAUUACGUUUUCUUGAAUGAUGUUUAUAGUUCUUGAUAUUGGAACUUUUUUUUAUUUAUUUUGUUAGCUUUCAGAGGCUUGUAUUUUACGGAUGUGGAAGACACACAGUGCUGUUUGUUUUAUUUCAUUGUGUAUUUAUAAGAAAAAAACAUUACAACACAUUCCUCAUCUUCUUUCCACAGCGAACGGAACAGCCGCGCUUUUCAAGUGCCUCAUAAAUAUUAAACCCUUUUUCUUCUUUAGUUCAAGUUCUCGCAUAUUACCCUGUUAUAAGAUUCAAUCUUAUAGUGGCUCUGUGUCAGAAAUGGUCAAGCUUAACUAGUGUAACUGAAUGCUUUGCUGAUUUUUUUUUUUUUUCUUUUUUUUUUUUUCUGCACCAAAUGGUCAAAUGCCAGUAUGGAGCAAUAUAUAUAUAUUUUUUGCAAAAUAGCAUUUCCUUGUGAGAGACUUUCUUUCUCUCUCAGUAUCAAGAUGUAUAGGCUCUAAUGUUUCAGAUAUUAAAGUAAACAGUGCUACUAAAUCACGCACAAUAAUAGUCUGAUAUAAAGAAUCGUCCUGCAGAAAGAAGGCAGCUUGUUUAUGUGUAUUCUAAUACAUGAAUAUAUUUGUUGAGGGUGACUAUUUCUGAGAAAUGUCAUUAUGCAGAUCCAAAUGUGGAUCAAAUAAGGCUGUUACAUGGGAGGUGGCCAUGUAACACCUCACCUUCACAUGCAUUUGUCCUGGUGUGAUGUUUAGCUUUUGAGUUGUGUGUGUGUGUGUGUAUGUGUGUGUGUCAUAUUGACCUUGACCUUGACCCUGAGGGUUGUAGAUUGUUAUUUAGUUUGAGUUGAAACUUUAAGUGCAAACGUUCUGUGAUCCAAAAUGUAACAUCAUAACCUUUAUUUUACCUUGAAAGUGGGGGCACUCUGUUACUAAGAGACCACUAAAAGCCUGACCAAAAUCAGCUGGUGAGCAGGCAAUGCAAUUUCAUUUAUUUUCACUCAUCCUGUUGUAGUUUCACAUUUCCUGUGUGCUCACUGCUCGAUCCAACCUCUGGACUAUUUUCCAUUCAGUAGUCGAGACAUUCCUCCUCAUAUUGAUGUAAUCCAACAAGCAGCCAGAUUUAUUUGUUUUUAAUUAUGAAGGGUUUUUUUUCCCCUCUUUGGUAAAGUUCAGUGAGUUCAUCAGAUUCCAGCUGUCUUACAAACCCUGCAGCAACAGAUUCAUUUUACUUGUACAGUGGAGUGAUUAAUAUACCAAAGACACACAUCGCAUUCUUUGCAUCUUACUUUUAACCUGUAGUUAUGAUGCUAUUUGCCUGCCUGCUGUUAAUUGCCAUGCCGUGUUUUUGCCCCAUAGUUUCCACCCAGAGUAGUGUUAAAUUGCUCAAUCUUUGCUAGAGGCUUAUUUGUCUGUAUGGGCGUCUGAGAAGUAUUUUCUGACGCAGCAUUCAUAUUUUCCACUCCAAUAAGUUUCAUUAAGUACUUGAUAAAAAGUAGUAAAAAGUGAAAAUUGUAUGUUAUAAAAAUAAAAUAUUAUGGAAAAUGUUCAAUAUAUUUGGAAAAUUACACGAUGACCUAAUUUUUAUGAAGUAGUCAGGCUUUUUAGACUAUAUAAACGUGUUGAAUAUAGUUGAACAUGUGAUAAAGAUCUCACAUGAAUAUGAAUAAAUGGUGCAAUUAUCUGAUUGAUGAUGUUUUAUUCUAAUCUGAGUAUAAUCACAGUUAGGUCAGUCUGUUGCCACAUUAUGUAAGUUUUUUUUCAGUUGGAUCCAAUGACAAAACACCUCUCCACUUAUUAUAAACAAAAGUAAAAUGAAGCCAAGCAGAUAACCUUUUUUUAAAAUGUCAAUAUACUUGCAGUCCUACGGUACCACAUCAUUCCUUUGAGCUGUUGAUUCAUAUUAGUGAAUCAUAGUUCCCAAACUGUGUUGCACCAUCUGUGUCCAAGUACUUCAACAUGUCAAAGUCGUGUUUCUAAUAGAUGCUUACAAGGAGAGCUGAUUUAUUUUAUGUGGGGACCUCCACACUGUAAAUAGUUCAAUGCUAAAUACGCACAAAUGAAUGAAUAGGGAGAUGGGAGGAUUUUUGAGAGAGUGCCAUCUCCAGAACAGGAAAGCUUGGAAGUAUGACCAUGCAAAUAUGAAAUGAUUGUGAUAAUGCUGCUACAGUAUGUAACACUGGAGCUGAAAUAAACAUGCAAG